AGAAAAAUGCUUUCGAAGCUAUUUGCAUUGAUAAGCAAUUAUUUCUUAGAAACAUGAUUUGUAUCGAUACGGAACAUUCAUAAACGGAUCAUGUCUCCUCCCAGUCGGGUCUCCCAAAUUACAGAUGACAAUCUGCGUGCAUUGUUCGCGGAUGCAGAUCCACACGCUUUGUACGACAGUUUUCAGAGUGUCGGCUCUGGAAAUUUUGGAACCGUGUUCUACGCCCAGGACAAAACCACAAAGCAAGUUGUUGCAAUAAAGAAAAUUCAUUAUAGCGCAGAUGACAGGAAUAAGAAAGAGGAGACAUGGCGAAUGGUGGUUAAAGAGAUCACUGUUAUGCACCAAUGUAACCAUCAGCAUUUGGUUCGCUACCACAACUGCUUUCUUCGAUCCCCUGAAGUGUACAUAGUCAUGGAGUAUUGCCUCGGAUCCACAGCCGAUAUUCUUAAUGUUAAUGAAUCAUCAUUGAGCGAACCUGAAAUCGCAGUGAUCUGUAAUCAAACGCUACAGGCUCUGGUCUACCUACACGACAAAAAUUUCAUCCACAGAGACGUCAAGGCAUGCAAUAUACUGUUAUCUUCAGACGGUAAAGUCAAACUGGGAGACUUCGGAACAGUCUCACUCACAAACAAAGCUGCAAGCUUUAUUGGCACACCUUAUUGGAUGGCACCUGAAGUGAUUAAAUCAGAAGAUGAGAUCAUUUACACUCAGACAAUAGAUGUGUGGUCUCUGGGAAUCUGCUGCUUCGAGUUCACCACUGGCUACCCGCCCUACCACGCCAUGCAUGUGAUGGCAGCCCUCUACCACAUCCCCAACAACAAACCAGACUUGAAACCGUUCCAGGAAAACAACUACUCCCCAGAUUUCCUCAAUUUUGUCUCCGACUGCUUCAAAGACUUCGAGGAUCGGCCGACGUCCAAGUAUUUGCUAGAAAAUGAUCCUUUUAUAUCAGCGGAGAGGCCAGCUAACAUGUUACCGAACCUUUUGGAGCGCACAAUACACAAAGUAGAGCAAGCUCAGCGCAGCCAAACAAGCUCUAACAAACUGAAGUUGAACGGGAAACAGAAACUUCUACUAGCUCCUGUUGCCACAAGUGGCAAUACGCCUGCUAUUGCUGUGGAACAGAACAUUGAGUUAAGUUCACCCGGCUCAGACUCAAACGGAGGAUCGUGGACUCCAGACGGGUCAGAAGUUGUAAAUCACUAUUCACGCACUGACUCUGUGGAUGAGCCGGUGUAUCGCAACCUGCUUCCAGACGCGGCCUCUGCCAACGGAGGCUACGAGAACCUGGAAUCGGUCGCAUCCAGUGGUGCUAAUCAAUCUAAAAACACAACAACAGACAAUAAUAACAAAAUCAGCUCUAACUCUCACCCCCAUCCCUCGGCACCUGCGUCUGGAGAUGCACAUAACAUCUACCAGAAUCAAGAGGCGCCGGGGUUCCCCAGGGGUCAGCAGACGACACCCGGUGGCACGCCUUCGGAAGGAAUGACGACCAAACAGAUGCCACAAGUGGCCAAUGUGGCCGCAGCUUCUCAGAUCAUCUCCUUGUCGCCAAGCAGAAUGGAGCAGCACCCCAACAUGAUGCACGGCCAUUCGCUAGCCAGUCAGUCAACUCUGGGCGGUGGACUAAGUAAGAUAGCCACCAUCAAAACACAGAAUCUGCAGCAGCAGGAGGAGAAAUCCAAACUGGAAAUGCGCGAGCAGAUGUCAGGCUACAAAGAGAUGCGGCGUGAGCACCAAAAGCAGAUUCAGGCAUUGGAGGCCAAGUGUAAGGCGGAAGAGGCGAGUUGCACGAACAAGAUCCAACAGGAAUACGACCAGGAGAAACAGAGAGCUUCGAAAGAGGAGGCAAAAGCCAGACAUAUGGACGGAGGCAGAUUGCAGCAAAAGGACCGAGAGGUAGACAAGAAGGUUGGGAAGUUGCAAGAGCAGUUGAGGCAGCAACAGAACAACGAGCGCAAGAAAUUCGACCAGUUCCAGAAGAAGUACAAAAAGGGCAAGGAGACCGAGAUCAAAGAGUUGUUGGGUGCGAAGAAGGAGUUGCAGGCCCAUGAGCUGGCCAGUCUGGAGACGGAGACCAGUAAGAGCAGAGAGGAAGCGGAGACUAUCUGGGCCUGUCAGAUGACGGAGCGCAUCUGGAACACCAAGAGGCAGCUGCUCAUGGAGAAGCUAGAACUGGACAACGAAGUACUCAACGGAGAGAUGCAGAGGCGUAGUGUGGAGUUGGAUCUGACUAACCGGAUGAUCAUCAGACAUCACGAGCAGUGGGCCAAUCUGCAGAAGGAACACCAGCGUCAAGUGCAGGACCUGAGAUACAAGUUGAUGAGUGAGCAGCACGAGAUAGAACUGACCAAUCACAAGCGACACCACCACCUCAGCCUCAAGAACCUCGAGAAGCAACACCAGGAGGAGACCAGGAGUCAACCGAAACUGAUCAAAGACAAAGAGAAGCAGAUUCAGAACCAGCUUGCCAGUGCUCUGGACACUCAGAACAAACAAUUCAUGCAGUUGAAGCAGCUGAGGAUAGAGGAAGCACCCCGAGAGAGCCACAGAGAUGUGGCCAAGAAGCUGGAGCAUGAACUGAGUAGCAAGCAGGACAUUCUCAAGAUUCAAUACAGAGAGAGCAUCGAGAGGAUGAAGGAAUCCAAUGAGACUAAUCUGAAGAGACAACAUCAGCAGGAGGAGGAGGAGUUGAAGCAGAGACUGCAGAGGGAUAUGGAGACCCUGAUCAACUACCAGAAGCAGGUCCGCUUUCAGACAGAACAGCAGCGAAACAAGGAACGCCAGGAGCUGGAGAAGAAGAUCGAGACACGCUUCAAGAAUGUGCAGAAAAAUAUCGACGAAGGACGAAAGAAGUUUGCCGAAGAGAAGAAAAUGCGCGAGGCUGAAAAGAGACGUGAUCAUGCCCAGAAACUGAAAGACUUUCAGGCAGAAUACGAAAGGGCAAUGGCGCCUCACAGUAAUUUCCAAGGAACACCCCAAUUUAACCACUCUGGAUUCGAGAGCUCUGGAAUUCACACCCCUGUGUCAGACCACCUUCCAGAUACACCGAUAUCCAGUGGUAGCAGCUACAGUCAACGGAGUUCCAGAGUGUUCGACACCAGAUUCUCUGAGAUGUCAAUAGACAACGAUGGCACUCCACCGCCGCCUAUACCUCGGACGACCAGCAUCAAGCAGAGCAUAGACUCCCGGGGACAGCAGGGAACCCUGCUGCAACUGAGUCAGAGAAGCUCGACCUCUUCAACCUCUAGUUUCCAAGAUGGAGGUAGCUCUUGUAAUAACUCGAUGAUGAGUAGCGCCUCACAGAACACGCCUAUGAUUCUGAGGAACAAUUCGAACCUCUCCUCGGGAGGGGGCAAGAUUUCGGUUGGCUCCUCGGCAGCAGAAUACUUCCACAGCAACCUAGACAAUAGCUCGCCCCUGAUGGCGAAGAACAGUCAUCAUGCAAGCACUAGCAAUAGCUCCACUCCUAGCUCCCACCAUUCAACAUCAGGAACCAGGCUAUAGCUGGAUUACAUCUAACUGUGGAUAGCAGUGAAUUGAGACAAACAAAUCUAGCUCAUAAAAAGUGCAGAAGUAGAAUAAACUCAAGCGAGAAAGUGUGCGAGAUUUUAAAAUGUGGGUUUAGUUUGACGUGAUCUGACUGAUUUGAUGACUUGUUUUUAUCCCCCAUACUAGGAUGGCGCUUAUCGACUGGAAUAAGUAGCAGUACAUGUAGCUUAGUUGUUUUCGCCUCUCAUUCGUCGGUCGUUUCAUUCAUUUCGCCUGUAGUCCAUAUGAUUGUGCUUAGUGUUGUAUGAGUACAAUCAGUAUCUUUCGACUGAAAUCCCAUUUUGCAAUUGCACUGCUUGAAAUGUGUUGUCGUGAAUUGAUUGAACCGACUGUAAUCCCUCCAUUCAAGUAUCAAUGCGGAAAAGCGAUCAAAUCUUUGGCAUCUCAAAAGCAGCUGGAAAUUAAUUUUA